AUGGAGAUCGCCGCCACGCUUGUCGAAACAGCGGCACACAUGACUGUUAUAUGCGACACAACUGAACCAAUGCUCGUUCUAGGAACUGAUGUUGGUACCACUGUCAGAAAGUUCUUCGAGAAAAAUGGAGUGCGGGUGCUCGUGAACGCCACAACAGCGUGGUUUGUAGGAGCAGAUCACGUUAGCGGCGUCCAAUUGCUGUCAGGAGAAAUUGUGCCAGCAGAUGUGGUCGUGAUCGGAGUUGGGUCCCGUCCACCAACAGAUUUCCUCAAAGACUCCAAUGUGCAACUUGAUGCAGAUGGUUAUAUCAAGGUGGAUUCAAAUUUCAAGGUAUGCAACAUAUUCAAAAAUAAAUUGCGAAUUAGAUGCUUAUUUCAAACCAUCGAAACUGUUGUUCUUUCUUGA